AUGGCAAAUCAGGGGACCAUUCCAGAGAGCCAGAGGGACAAGUCCGGCGUGAACAGAUCGCAGAACGCCAGCGAGAGAGAGCCAGGAUUUCAGAUUGGGGAUGAGGUCAAAAUGGUCGUCACUCAACCUUGUCCCGACGGCAACACGCGGACAUUUCACAAGUCGUUUCUCGUUGCGGACUCUCGCCCUAAUCAAAGCCAUUGGGAAUACCAACUCAAGGACCCGUUCACCGGUGGGCUUUGGCAAGGCGGCAAAUGGUUUCUUGAGACCAACCUGAGGCCGGCUUGA